AUGGGUGAACGGCCUGCAGGUCACCAUCACCAGGUCCCAGUACCCGUCCGGAUACCGUUGUCCACUCUUCGUGCACAGCCAAGAUCGCUUGGAAAUAUUGUUCCUGCCAACGUUCCUCGCCAUUCCAUGGUGAAUCAGGUGUACUUGCUUCCAAAGUCUGGGAUUACCAGCAAUGUACUUCCAAAUACGCCAAGCGUGAUGCAAGUUCGGAGUCUGGCCGUUGGUCAAGCUGUGCUUCAACCAAAUGGUGUGCUUACUACUGCCCCAGUUAUGCCUCGAGUUGUUACACCACAAUCGGGAUCAUCAACCAAAUUGGUUGGAUUCUUCAACCAACUGUUGGAGUUAUCGAAGAAUGUAUCCGCUAGCACACACGGCUCAGUGGCAAGGCUGAUACAGGCGCUGGUGAAUGGAGAACUUGAUGCCAGUUCUUUCAGCACACAGUUACGCAGCAAUCUUAAAAGUGCCAAUCCCGGUAUGGAUCUCGCUCCAUUUAUAAAGGACAACAUAGAUUUACUAAGGAGAGAUUUAGCCAAUGGUGUUUGUCGAUUACCAAAUAUACAGCCUCCGCCAAAAGAGAUCUUCUCUACAACUACGCCUGUCCCCGUAACAAUUGUUACACCAUUACCUACUCUGGGUCUACAUGCUCGUGCUAAUACUGUAGUCUCUACAACAAUCCUUUCGUCAUCAAUACAAGGUGGUCCUCGCAUCGCUCUCCCAACCAAUACUACUCCCCGUAUAGUAGGAACACUUAUGCCAUCAGUUUCAACGCCAGCUAUUCCUGGCAGUCCUGCUACUGUUCUCACAUCUCGAUCUCAGCCCCCAUUAUUAGCUCCAGCUCCUCCUAGGGUUUGCGUUGCACCUACAAUUAACAUUGAUGCAGCUGCAACUUUGGGCGCCGUUACAAGAUACCGUUUAGCCCAGCCUAUUAGCGGUGUUACAUCCGCAACCGUUGUCCUACCUGGUACAGCUGUGACAACAGUGGUCCCGACACGUUUCACGUCAGCUAUUAACGGGACACGGACAAGUUAUCAAAACUUAAGACCAAUUAUAGCUUCUUCAUCAACUUCGUCAGCCUUUGGUAUUAAUCUUGGUUCAAUAAAAUCAGCCGCUGGAAUGUCAGCUGUUGUAUCUCCUUUAAUACGCGCUAAAUCCGGAUAUACUAACUCUUACACAUCUGGGAUCUUACCUGCUGUACAUAACAAGGUAGGCUCCAGUCUUUUGUCUUUGAGUGGAUCUUCGCUUUUCAUAGACGGUGGAGACCGGAAGUCAAAUGAAGUGUCAUUUUUAAGUGAUGAGAUACGUCACACAUCUGCAUCGCCAAUGCGUGACACUCCGUUCUUUCCCCCAGAAAGAGUCAGAGAAGUAUUAGAAGCUCAUGGUAUCAAGUCACUAACAGAAGAAGCUAUUAUAUGCCUUGCCCACGGUUUACAAAUAUUUAUCAAAGGUCUGUUAUCGAAAUUGAGAAUUAUAGUGUCACACCGUCUGGAUCGUUUAGGUGAAGAUUCCCGUUUGGUGCGAACAGAUCAUACACGUGAGCAGCUAAGAUUUCUACAAAAGUUGGAUGAACAUGAUCGAAUAAGGCAGUCCGAACUGGAAAAGGAUCUGAUUCUUAAGGCUGCAAAGUCGCGCUCUAAAAAUGAGGACCCACACCAAAUGCAAAUGAGGGAAAUGGCUCGAAGAAUAGCAUCUGAAGACUAUGAACGGGAAAAACAACAUCAAGCCAAUCUCACAGCUCUUCACGCCAUUGGCCCACAGCGUAAGCGUCGUUUGGAUACUUUGGAUGAGAUGGGUAAUCCCAUCUCAAGCGAUGGUUUGGGAGGAUCCUACCCAUCAAGAAAUGGUGCUACUAAAAUAAUUAGUGCACUACCCACUACUAGCCGCCUUUCCAUUGUUAGCGCCAAUCGUCUAGGGAUUGUAACUCCAGUUUCUAGUAUGCCGCAGUUCAACUUAGAAACUACGUCUUCGAAUUCCAACACGUUGGGUACUCCGAUCAGUGGGACUAGUGACGGACCAAAUACAACCGGGUUUUCGCUGGCACUAAGUCUUAGAACUCACCGCGCUACUAUGCGAGAUAUUCAGGUUGUACUUUCCCGGACACCGAGACUUCGUCGUACGCGUACUUACUACAAGACGUAUUGGCGUUCCCAGCCUUGA